GGUAAAACGGUGAACUACAAGUAAAAAUGAUUGCGGCACGAGCACAUAAGCCAAGCAAGUAGAACCCCUCAAACUGACCCGACGUAAUUCGAACGUGCACGUUGUCCAAGUUAUGUAAUGUUUUGAACCAUAACUAAGAUCUUGAACGCGGCUUUUAGUCAUUACGCAACGUGGAGACCAGGAGUUAAAAGCGUUAACUUUUGGACUCACCGAUGAUCGUAAACUAAGCUUGAGUUAAAGAAACAUUUUAGCCACCAUGGCCGAGCAGCUAGUUGUUAUAGGUAAAAAUGAGGUUGAAGAAUUUUUGCAUUACAAAGAUUUGAUCCCACGCCUGGAGGUAGCUUUGGGUGAGUUUUCCAAACCAGACCGCGAAGACAUCCAGCCGGUUCGCUGUACCGUCCCGCUACAACGAUACAAUGGAUUCCUGGGACUGAUGCCUGCUUAUUUGGCGCAUGAAGACUUCCUGUGUACAAAGAUGGUGUGUUUCUACAAGCGGGAGAGUGGGUCAAAUCUGCCAUCAACUCGAGCCACAGUCCUGCUAAUCGAUCCUGAGUAUGGGAAUGUCAACGCUGUCAUGGAUGGGGAUGUCAUCACAGCCAAAAGGACAGCAGCUGUGUCUGCUAUUUCUGCUAAACUGUUAAUGCCAGCCAAGUCGGAGGUAUUCACCAUAUUGGGAUCUGGCCAUCAGGCCCUCAGCCACUACAACGUCUUCACAGAGACCUUCUCCUUUAAACAGGUCCGUGUGUGGAGCUGGAGAAGGGAGUCGUCGGAGAGGUUUGCCCAGGCCGCCCUGGGUCCUGUGACCGUGUGUGAGUCCGUAGAGGAGGCAGUGAAUGGGGCAGACGUCAUAGUCACCGCGACUCGGGCCACUGAACCAGUGCUCUUUGGCCAGUGGGUUAAGCCAGGUGCCCACGUGGCAGCUGUGGGGGCCUGUAGGCCUGAUUGGCGGGAGCUGGAUGAUGUGUUGAUGAGCAAGGCAGAGGUGUAUGUGGACAGCAGAGAGGGAGCUGCAGCAGAGUCAGGAGAAGUCAUCCUGUCUGGGGCCAAAGUAUUUGCAGAGCUUGGAGAGGUUCUCAAUGGAACAAGACCUGCCCAGAGAGAGAAGACAACUGUAUUUAAAUCCCUUGGAAUGGGGAUUCAAGAUGCAGUGGCUGCCAAACUUGUGUUUGAACAGUGGAAGCGUCAUCACUGAAGAGACGUGACGAUGGAUGCGACUGAUCACUUCAGUUCCCAGCAGUUCUGUGUGCAUGGGAAGAUGUUCACACUUAACCCAUUCAUACACCGGCCCAGCCAAGUGAAAACAGAAGGUUUAAAAUGA